AAUGCGCCCACCAAAUUGAAUCUAUGCCCGUGGCGUCUCCUCUGUAUAAAGUAUAAACCUUCCCAACUUAAACCCUUCUCUUCCCCGGAACCCUUCCCAGAUUUUCCCGAGAAAAUGAAUCGGAAAAUCCGGGAGAGGGUGCUUUCGGCCUCAGAAGGGUCAAAAUUGUCGAGGUUUGGCUCUUCAAGACAUGAACUAAUUUUAUUGCCCUUUCCGUUUGGUUACUGAGAAAAGCAAUUCCAUGAAGGAUGCUGCUGUUAUUGAUUAUCAGCUUGCUACAGGCCGAUCAGGCAGACAGCCGGGGACUUCUGGAUACAAAAGAGAAAAUUUGUGACUGUUUGCAGUUACUUUUGCAACCACAGUAAUCCUUUUCAAGGAAAUUCUGAACUAAUAUUUGGAAGCAAUGACCAGGAGUAGUCAAUUUGCAAGGGCUAAAGUACCCUCAAUUAAUUACAGAUGUGGCCCCCUGGAGGGGUCUUCCUUUGAUCUUGCUGAGUUUAACAACAAAGGUUAUAACCCCACUUUGUCGGGUAAAAGUGAGCGAAAUGGUAAAAACUCUGAUCCAAUGUCUUCUGAGGUACUGAGCACAGCUGAGCUCAUCUCUGCAGUUGGGCAGAUAUGGAAUUGUGCAAGUCGUCCCCUUGCUCUUCUCCAACCUAAAACCAAUUUCAGGCACAAUGAUGGUGAAUUGCCCCAAGGGAACAUAUUUUGUAAUGCAGAUGUCAAGGAAAAUAUCAGGUCAUCUACCUGUGCUUACAGUGGGCAUUCCCUGGUUAGUGUGAUGGAUGCUGCCCAUUCUUCAUCCCUUGUAUAUGCAAACUUGGAGCACCUAUACAUAUCUAAGAAGGUAUCAUUUUUGGAACCUAAUGGUAGAAAUUAUAUUCAUUCUCUUUUCUGGAGAUUCAUGCAGAGUAAUUCCAACAUCUCUUGUAAGUCUUGGAAGGAAAAGACUACUGCCAGCAUAGGAAUUUCCUAUGAUUUGAAAAAUAUAUAUGGAUGGAUGAAUGAAAUGUCAGUUCCAGCAAUGAAACAGCUGGUAAACCGUUCUGUGAUUGAGAACAAGAAAAUCUGUGAGUGGCUUCCUCGAGAUAAUACUCCUACAAGUUACUGUACUUUAGGUGGCACGGCCAAUCCCACAAAUAAUCUUGCCAUUGCAAGUACUGACUCUACUGACUGCCAUGCCGAAAUAUCCAAAUGUCUGGACCAAUUGUCAUGUCAAAGUACAACCCCUGUGGCAAGCACUUCUGCUCUAUCUAUUUGCUCAUACCGUUUACUUGAGGGUCUUCAGAGGACAGAUGCAAAUGGCCAUAUGUUGACUCCAAUGCAGACGCCACAUACAGAUCUGUACAUUAAAAACUUAGCUUCAGAUAGUCAUGCAAGUGAAGAAAGCCAACAUGACAAUGAGGAUGGCAACUUGUAUGUGAAUAAAAUGAAUCAGCAGAGUGAAUUAGCACUAGCAGACAAAACAAAGAUGGAGGUUUGCUCUCCAACAAUUAAUAAAUCCUACUAUGGUCUAGCAAAGCAAGAGCAUGCUUUUGCUGGAGCAUUGGCUGGUAUAUUUGUUAGCCUUUGUCUACAUCCAGUGGAUACAAUUAAGACUGUCAUUCAGUCAUGCCAUACCAAUCAGAGAUCUUUAAACUACAUUUGCAGAUCAAUAAUUUCUGAUAGAGGUGUAACUGGACUUUAUCGCGGCAUUACUAGCAAUAUUGCUUCUUCAGCACCAAUUUCUGCAGUUUACACGGUCACAUAUGAGUCUGUGAAGGGAGCUUUGCUUCCUUUUCUUCCCAUGAAGUAUGAAUCAUUUGCCCAUUGCACAGCCGGUGGCUGUGCUAGUAUUGCUACUUCAUUUAUUUUCACUCCCAGUGAGCGCAUAAAGCAGCAGAUGCAAGUUGGUUCACACUAUCAAAACUGCUGGAGUGCAUUGGCUGGAAUCAUCAAAAGGGGUGGUUUACCUUCACUGUAUGCUGGGUGGGGAGCGGUACUCUGCAGAAAUGUUCCACACUCAAUCAUCAAGUUCUACACAUAUGAAAGCUUGAAGCGAUUGAUGUUGUCAUCAGUAGAACUGAAUGCUCGGCCUAACACAUUACAGACGCUGGUUUGUGGGGGAUUAGCAGGAUCAACUGCUGCUUUAUUUACAACACCUUUUGAUGUGGUGAAAACAAGAUUACAGACACAGAUUCCUGGAUCUGUUCACCAGUAUGAUGGUGUGUUUAACACUCUUGUAAAAAUAAGCAAGCACGAAGGCUUGACAGGUCUUUACAGGGGCUUGAUUCCAAGAUUGUUUAUGUAUAUUUCUCAAGGAGCAAUCUUCUUUGCAUCAUAUGAAUCUUUCAAGAGGCUAUUUUCAGUGGAAAUGCCACACCUUUAUUCUCAAAUGGAGUGUAUGCAAAGCAUGGAAGAUGACCGUCCAUAGUUCCAUCCAAGAGUUUGAUGACCUGUGUACAGAAGAUGACACCUAACUGUUCAACCUGUUUCAGAUGAGCAUGAAAAUUUUAGCUCCAUUACGUGCUUCUUCUUAUCGCCUAUACGUGACAGUCUAUACAUGCUUUGAGGUAUGAAUGAUGUAUCGAGGAACCUACAAUGGUGUUACGCUCAUUGAUGUGGCAAAAAUUCAUCAUAUAAAUUGCCUUCUUCGCCCCAUGAUAAGUUUAUCAACUUGUAGAGCUAGUUUGUGUGUAACUGAACUCAUGGUGUAGGAAGAACGUGUUCUAUGAGUUCUGCUCCCAAUUUUGUACACUUAGGUUUCCUUUUGGAGGUAGAUUAGUUUGGCCUUGUUUGUUAGGUUGAUGAUUCUUGUAAGGGGCAUACAAUUGUGUACUAUAUUGAGUAUAUUCUUUCUCUUUUAGUGUAUUAUUCAAUCACCA